ACCUACCAGCGCCGCAGCAACUUCAAAUGACAUGUAUUAAGAUGUUUUUAUUUGUACAUGUCAACAGGUGACCCGAAAACUUGCCGGUGCCGCCAAGGGAACCGCAGCAUGGGCUUCCAACGUCGGAAACGAGCACGGACAGGUGCUGAUGUCCGUGCUCACGGCCGCCGAGGGGGACGGCCUGAAGCCCAUGGCUGCCGGGUUGAUGAGGCGGUACCGAGACGCUGGGGUACAGCCACCGCUGCUUCUGUACGUCGACCGGGACUGUUGUUCGCAGCAUGGAGGUGGUAAGACAGCUGACAUGUUCCCCGAGUGGGACAAGCUGGUGGUCCGGUUGGACAUAUGGCACCUGAUGCGCCGCAUUGCGUCAGGUGUGUCCACCGAGAGCCACCAGCUGUACAAGCCCUUCAUGCAGCAGCUGUCCUCUGCCAUCUUCGAGUGGGAUGCUGACGACACGGCCCGGCUAUUUGCAGCCAAGAAGCAGCAGAUGGUGGCACAGGGAAUGACCACCGUCCCCGACGACGCUGCUGUGAUGAGGCUCAUCAGCCGCAGGGCGAUGGCCGCCCACUGCCGCAGGCGGACCAGAGGCGCGGAGGAGUCCCAGCGGCUGAUCGAUGACCUCAUCGCCAUCUACAGCAGCGAGUGGGGACGUGACACGAUGGGCAUUUCCCUGUUUAAUGACCGCAUCCACGACAUAUGGGCGGAGCAGAGACGCCACCUCGCCUGUAUCCAGGACCCGCCGGGAGUGGAGCUGUACAGAGAGACGGGCAGGCUGGACUCGGGGGGAUCCAGUCUGCCAGUGUACAGAUGUGCCAGAGGCUCCACUUCCCUAGAAUCGUUCCACCUGCAUUUGAACCUCUUCAUUCCAGGAGAUAGUGCCAGUGCCUGGCUCUUCCAGGCAUAUCUCCUGGAAGGGCUCAAGCGGUGGAACGAGAACCGUGCGGUGUCCAUGGCGAGGGGAGAGCAAAAGCUCCGCUCAUACGGUGGCCCCCUGCAGCGCUCCCUCGAAGAGCUCAGCCAGGAAGUGCUGGGAAGCACUCUCUUCGAGGACCACACCAAGCCCAGGGAGUACACAGGGGAACUCAUAGGGAUUGAGUACCUGUACUCCCAGACGGGCAGAGCGCUGCAGGACGUCAGCUUGGACCCAGACACUCCGGACACGGACGAGUGGGGAAACAUCUUGCCCCCACCCUCUGAGGAGCCACUACUUGAUGUCGUCCAGGAAGAGGUGGAGGACCUGACUGUCCCUCCACCGGGCGACUUCCAAGAGCCUCAGAGGUAUCCGUGGUCAUGGGAUCCAACUGACGAGGCGCCCGAGCCAGCAGGUCCCGAAGACGUCCCGAACCCCGCACUCCACAACCCAGGCCGGUCCUCACCACCACCUCCUCAGGAGCCAGCUGAGGUGACAGCUGAGGUGAGCAUGCCUUCCGAGUAUGCCAACAUGCAGCUCAGCAUCUGACUAAUUACUCUGCUAUUGUGUGUGUGUG